CCUGGGGGAGGGUUCAUUUUACGAAGUGACGUAAACACCGGAUGCGGAAAUUUAGCAGCGAACAACAGUAGUUGGGAGCUGCAAAAAUGGUGUACGUGGCGAAUGGUCAGGUCCUGGACAACAGAAGCCAGUCUCCAUGGCGAAUGUCGUUCCUCACUGAUCUCUUCUGGGGUGCUGUAGAGUUCAUUGGCUUGUUUUUCCAAUCCCUGGUCCAGCCAGAUCUGACAAAGAAGGGAAACUCUGGCUCAUCCUCUGCAGGCUACAGUGAUGGCAGAGGCCCCCCUGGACCCCCUGGUGGCCGUAGGCGGAUGGGGAGGAUAAACCACGGUGGGGGGCCCAGCGCCCCUCCCAUGGGGGGAGGAGGAUGAGGAAGGUGA